AUGUACUCUCCUCCCGAAGAGAUCGAGGCUGCCCUCAAGGCCUACCGCUCUCGCAUCUCGGAACGCAACCGUCGUUUCGUCGAGGUUUAUAGUAUGUCUCCAGAAGAAGGCGAUUUGGAAGACGACGAAGACAUUAGCGAUCUCCGUCUCGAGGCCAUGCAUCCCAUUUUCGACGUGAGUCUUUCCUCGUUCGUCUCCACGCCGCGUGAGAUCCUCACGCGCUGGGACGAGCUCUGUGUCGUAUACGACCUACAGGGCACGAGCCCCGCUGGCCGGAACCCUUCCGAGGAAGAUGUAGCUCUCAACGAGGCUUGGGUUUCCCUCCUGGAGGAAUAUCUGAAGAAGAGGUGCAAAGAGGAUGUUAGAGAGACUUUGAGGUUUCCUGAGGAGUUUUGUGAUUUAGCGAGAUAUGUGGAUAACCUCGCUGGCCCGGGGUUGACGGAGGUCAAGUCGAGGUACCAGGCCGGCUUUUUAGUUGGACGGUAUUCUGAUUCUCCGGCCCUAGCUGAGCAGGGCGCUGCUGAGAUGGUCAAGACGCCUGAGUGGUUUAGUGAGUAUAUAGAUUGCAGGUGGGAGUGUGCUGCUGGAUGGGAUGCGGGGUGUGGGAUUAGUCCCUCGUUCUAUGUCGUCUACUGUCGGAGGAGAAUCUAUAAUGUGCCCCAGCUCUUCGGGACCGUCCUCCCCCGGAAUGCAAUGCCUGGUUAUCCGGAAUAG